AUGGAUCUGCUCCCAAAAAUUAAGGUCUUUGGGAUGGGUGGAACUAUAGCUAGCAAGGGAACUAGUAACUCUCAGACAGCUGGAUACAAAGUUGGCCUAACUAUCAAAGAUUUAAUAGAUGCGGUUCCCUCGCUCAAAGAAGUUGCCGAAUUAGACUACUUGCAAGUUGCUAAUGUUGGAUCAAAACUGUUAAACAGUUCACAUUUAUUACGACUAUACGCAAGUAUCACAGAGGCUUUUAAAGGAGGCUUUAAAGGAGUUGUUGUUACUCAUGGAACUGACACAAUUGAAGAGACGAGUUUUUUUUUGGAUUUGACAAUAAAAUCGGACUUGCCUCUCGUUAUAGUAGGAGCAAUGCGGCCUUCGACAGCUAAUUCUGCUGAUGGGCUAAUGAACCUAUAUCAAGCUGUUAAAAUUGCGACUUCUGAAUCUUCAAAAGGGCGCGGGCCUUUAGUAGUUUUGAAUGAUAGGAUUGCAAGCGGGUUUUGGACAACAAAAGUAAGUGGUUUUGCAUUAGAUACAUUUAGGCCCGGAGAACAAGGAUUUCUUGGAGUUUUUCAGAAUAACCAGAUUGAGUGGUACUAUCCUCCAAUCCGCCCUUAUGGCCAUCAAUAUUUUGAUAUAUCAAAAAUAAAUGAAUUACCGGAGGUAAUAAUUUUGUAUGCUUAUCAAGGAUUAAAUGCCGGACUUAUAUACAGUGCUGUUGAAUUGGGAGCAAAAGGUCUUGUGUUUGCUGGAUUUGGAGCAGGACAUUGGACAGACGAGGGUAAUAACGCUGCUAGAGAUGUUUGGGUGAAGUAUGGAGUACCAACUGUGUAUUCGCACCGUACAGUUGAAGGUAGUGUUCCAGUUGCAAAUGCCACUCAUUUUGAUGGAGCCAUUGCUUCUGGAAUUCUUAACCCUCAGAAAGCACGAAUACUUCUUCAACUAUGUAUCAAUGCACGUUACAGCGUUAUUGAAAUUAAAAAGUCUUUUUCUUCCGUUUAUGGAGGUUAA